CAGCUCAAAUAGGGGGCUGCUGCCGGGGCUGGGGAUGGGGCUGGCAUGGCUGCUUGGGUGGCCCUGCUGCUGGGGGUGCUGCUGGCGACCCACCGCCCUGGGGAUGCAGCUCUCCUGGAAGCCAACGGCAACCUGAGCUGCCGCUGUGCCAAGACCACCAGAUCCUUUAUCCCCCCACGGAAAUACAGCAGCAUCGAGGUCCGGCCGGUGGGGAGCAGCUGCCGGCGUCUCGAGGUGGUGAUUAAGCUAAAAAGCCUGGAGAGGGUCUGCGUAGAUCCAGAGACCCCUUGGGUGAAGAAACUCCUGCAGGACCUCCCUAACCUGAGGAAGAAAGAGGCUCCCCACUGAGGAAGCUGCUGCCGGUGGGACGGCCAGAUGUGCUGAGCCUGACCGGUCCCCCCAGCUGCCCCCUUGCCCCGGUGCAGGGCAGGGGGGGGGCAUGCUGCUGCCUGAAGCCCUGAGCCCCUUUUUCCUUUGCAUUAAAUGCAUUUAAGACCUCGAAAA